AUGGAUGGGCGACCAGAUCCACCUGCUGGAACACCAACUCAAGAAAGUAAUCCAGGAAUCCUGGAACCUUCAGGUGGGUCAUCAAAACCAGUUGAGGAAACUUCAGCAGGAAUCGAUAGAAAAUUGUCUCUUCUCCCCCAAACGGUGCCGCAUUUCGUCAAUCGCGAAACAGAAUGCGACGAAAUCAGAAAAUACCUUUCUCCACAGCACAAUUGCAGAUGCCUUCUCAUACAUGGUGCCACUGGUAUAGGGAAGACGACCGUGGCGACGAAAGUGGCAAACGACAUACUGAAUUCUGACGGACGUACCGUGGUGAUCUACGUUAACUGUAGAAACAUAAAACUUUCCCAUGAUUUUGCUGAGAAGGCUCUUCAGCAAGUAUAUCACGCACCUGUGGAGAAUCCAAUACCUGAGCUGAAAAAUCGCUUGAAAAGCCAAGAUUUCUUCACCAUUUUGCUAUUGGAUAAUUUUGAAUUUAUACUUAAUUUGGAUGACAGAAUGCAGCUCCCUGAAAAUGAAUUGUCACUCCAACAGAACAACCCAUCUGAGGAAGGAUCGAAGAUUAAGAAUCUUAUCAAUGAAAUUUUAAUGGUUGCAGGCAAAGUCAAGCUUCUCCUCACCUCUUCAGAGAAAGUUUGUUUUCCGGAAGCAGGUCAAGAAAUGGUUCAUCUGUCACCUUUUAAGCCAGAAGAAUCCGUUAAGCUUUUGAAAAGAGUGUGGAAGGAUAGGCAAGUCAAUAUAACUCAAGCACAUGACUUGUCAGAGAUUUGCAGCGGUAUUCCCUUGGUCCUUUACACCCUGGCCUCCUACCACAGUAACCUGCCAAGUCUCUUGGAAGAGAUGAGAUGUCCUUCGCCUCAAGAAAAAUUCGAUUUCUUGAGAAAGAUUCAAACGGUAUCAGCGGAUAAAAAGAUCAACGUUUGUAUCGAUCAUUGCUUCGAGAGGCUUGAUUUGAUAGAAAAGCAUGUCCUCAUCAGAUUUGCAUUACUCAAAAGGCGUUUUUCUCUGUCUGAGGCAGUGAAAAUAUUUCAGUCAACGGAGAUGAGUGCGUCUCAACUCAGACGAUGUGGACUGGAACUGUCCCGGCGAUCACUUUUAGAAGAACACAUUAUUGGGGAUGAAUGCUCCUAUACCCUCCUUCGAGUAAUUCGUGAUUAUUGUGAAACUAAGGCAAUGGAGCAGGAGUUUCGUGAAGUGAUCCUAGAUGCUCGGAGGAUGUUUAUCCGCCAUUUUUUAACCUUUCUGGAAGACAUCUUUAAAAUGUUCCUGAGCCAGAACGUGUCAGAAGCUAUUGCAGCCUUUCAGAAAGAUGAAGCGAAUGUCAUGCAGCUCGUUGAAUGGUGCAAAAAUGGUCAAAUGGAUGAAGAACAAACAAGAAGGUGCAUUGAUGUUUUCAACAGCGUAACGGAGCUACUGGCGAAGAUGAUGGGAAAGGCCAAAUUUAAAGAUGCCUUCAAAUCUCUACGAACGAGAUGCGAACAGAUGGAAGAUCAGACGAGACUGAGCGAUUGCCUCACAUCCUUGGGGCUGAAAGAAGUAUUCAGCUGUUCCUGUCCUCCAAUUGGUCCGUGUGCUUUACACGCUGAAAUAGCCAAAGAAUACUUCACGAAGGCUGACCGAAUCCAACGUAAUCUUGGAGUUAAAAAAGGGAACAGCCGAGCUCAGUGCCUUGCCAAACUUGGUCGAUGUCUCGCCACAGAAGGCUUUUUUGAGGAGGCAAAAGAAAAAGUCCAACAGGCAAUCAGAAUUCGAUCGGAAGGACAGGAUGACAACGUUAUGCUCGGUGCAACGUAUAAUGAUCAGGCAGUGAUCCUUUCGCUCGAGGGAAAUCAUGAGCAGGCAAUCAAGGUCAGAGAAGAACGGACGCUACCAAUUUACAAAGAAACACUGGAUAAACAUCCUUUCAUGGCAACCAUCCUCAACAGUCUGUCAAACAAUUAUUAUGCCCUGGGAGAGUACAACGUUGCCCAGCGAUAUUCGAAAGAAGCGUUGGAGAUUCGGCUCGAGUUACUGAAGGACCAUCGAGACACCGCGAAGUCGCUUUUUGACCUUGCGAUGGUUCAUAAAAUGAAGGAAGAAUUCGGACCAGCCAAGGAUUGUCUUGAAAGAUGCGAGGCCAUGCAAAAGAAAAUAUUGGAUGAGGGAAACGACGAUCUUACAAGGACCAGGAACGAAUUGGAAGAAGUCAGAGAGCAUCUAUUGGGAGCCAUGCAAGGGAGCUCUUAAAAUCCGGUACCAAACUCUGACAGAGAAUCUCUUGAUGUGAACCGUCUAAUCUUGUCCAGUUCUGAGUGUCUUCAAGUGUACCAAGGCAGUACUACUUAGAAGUUCCGCAAGAAUGAUGAUACAGUCACUUCUGCGUGACGUCUCCUCUUAAGCAAUCGUCUUAGUUUAAAAUGUAGGUAGUUAUGGAACAUUCUUUCUCCGUCACUGACAUCUCCAUUUUUGUCGAAUUUGAGUCUGUUAUGAUCAUGCAUCAGUUACAUUAAGCGUUCAGUCAUUAACUGCAUCAGACUUGAAAACA